CGUUCUUUAGCCCCGCCGCCUGGUAGACGCUCUUCUAGAAGGUCGAAAGCGCAGGGAAAGUCGAUGCGACAUGCAUAACCAUGCCUCGUCGCACGUCCGCACCUAUGAGGAGUCGAGACGUGCAGGGAGCCUUGCGGUCGCGUUGCAAGUCAUGGUGAGGGCCAGAGUGUCAGGAAAGUGUAUCGGCGGAACGUCAGGGCAGGUCUACCCGAUUAUUCAACCGCGUUCAGUCUGUCACCGCGACAGGCAACGGGACGUAAAACAAACAGAGAUCUCGUCCUCCGCCAUGGCUUUCUUUCUCACGCCUCCGUCUUGCGAUCGUCAGCUGCUUAUUGACCCCAUCCGCACUCAAAUCUUCGGAAGCCUCAGUAUCCGACGCGGAAUCCUCAACAUCACCCUCCAGCAUGUGCCCCUUCACUUCAUUGCCUUCUGGUGAAGGUCCAGCUCGCUUCUCUCCCAGUGCCGUCAAAGACUGGCAGCCCAGGCGAAAGUCUGUCUCCAACGCUUGCGAGCGAUGCCGACGCAGGAAGAUUCGAUGCGAUGGCGAGACGCCUUGCUCGACGUGUAAACGGUUUUCAAUACAAUGCGUGAGAACACAAAAACCAAAAGAAGUUGUUGCAUCUGAACAUCGAGAAGCGCUGGAAGGACGAAUACAUCAGCUCGAGGCACAGCUAGCCAGGCACGUCAAUGCGCCCAUGCACGGAAUGGAAUCUAUCGACCAGAACCUUAUGGCUGGCACACCCACUUCGUUCGAUUGGCAAGCACCUGCGCCCCACCUCAACCUCGAUACGACCAUACCGGCAACCUUCACAGCCGAUGACCUGGAUCUCGGUUCCUUCUCGGCUAGGAGUGGCAGCAUGCCCUCUAUCGCUAUAGAUGAAUGUGAGCCUUUCCCCAACUUCUCCACGCCGUCUUCACCAGUACCUUCAUUAUGGUUAGGUACCACGCGUGCCUCGUCGCCCGAUUCCAUGCCACCCGGUUCCGCGCUACCGCAAUUCGGUGCAGCAUAUCCCUCGAUGAGUAAACCCAUGUCAUCGUCGAUCGAACCGCAUACGGCGCCAUCAUGGGAAUUCAUGGCUCAAGCAAGUAGCAGUCAGUUACAGCCGGGUACUACUAGCAGUCGGGCACACUCUCGCAAGACUUCGACCUCUUCCCUGUCGCAGGCUAGUAACGAGCAAGCCAUGUCGCCAAUUCCUGAAGUCGAAGAUGACAUCCUUCCCCUGGCUCCAGCGCCGCGACUGCCGCGCCAGGGGAUCUUCGCAGCCCGCCAUACUGAAAGUCCUGGCCCAGCUUCUUCACGAUCAAGCUUUACCGAUCGUAGUCGUGCAAUAGCUACUACGCCACUUCCUAGUCGCUUCGAAGCGGAGACUUUGACGACUGAAUUCGUACAGCACAUCGAGUCUCUUGACUAUAGAGCUUACUCCAUUUCUCCUGGUCUCUUUUCUCGGUUCUGCGAGUCUGUAUACCCAAACCCUCAGCGACCUGCGGUCGAGGUCUCCGCGUCGAUGUCAAUGGCGCGCUUCCACGUCUUCCUUGCUAUGGCCAUUGCGAUGAAGGUGAGGAUCAAGGAUGCACCGGAGAACACGAACGCUCUCCUCGACACUUGCUACGAGCUCGCCAUGCAGCAAACUGCAUCGUCCACAUUUUGGCAAGAGACAGGUGGGAUGGAAGCUGCUCAACUUUUGGCACUUUUUGCUUCGCUCCGCAAGCCUUCCAGCGAUGAGCCACGUGGUCUUCAACACUCGUUUUCCUGGUGACGAUGACUUUCCUUGCUUUGCUUUCUCUUCCUUUACGACUGUAUGCCCCUGCUUUCUUUCUUUUGUUUCUGACAUUCUUUAAAAGUCCCGAUCAUUCUUAAAUCAUGUACAUAAAUAGCAAUGUUUACGAACGAAGCUUUUUUGCGAGCGCAAUAGAUACCACUCGAUCCAUUGAGUUGUCGGAAGAACUUGUGACACUUUCGGACUAAGCAGGUGAUCCCAAAUGUGCCUAUGUUGGGUGUGCGUCCAACUGUCCUGGCAUCAAGAAGUGACAAGCCGAGGAUGAGCCGUGGAGAUUACAGGUUCGAAGCAAUGGCGAUCAACGCAACACGCCACCGCUGCCAGACCCACAAAGCUCCAGGUGAAAUUUAAUUAGCUGAGGAUGAAGCAUCGAGGCAACAAUGGCGAUGGAUUGCUUUGUCUCCAUGAUGGCGUUCGGCCGCAGCUGACCCGUCCGCGAUGCC